GAGAAGGCGGGCUGCGCGUUCCCCUCUAAGCUUGGAGCGGCGCUUUGGAUCCUUUUCCAUCGGUUUCUACAGUUGCUCGUCAGAACCCCAACAGCCAAAAUGGUGAAGCAGAUUGAGAGCAAGGAUGCUUUUCAGGAAGCCUUGAACGCUGCAGGAGAUAAACUUGUUGUAGUUGACUUCUCAGCCACGUGGUGUGGACCUUGCAAAAUGAUCAAGCCUUUCUUUCAUGCCCUCUCUGAAAAAUAUCCCAAUGUGAUGUUCAUUGAAGUCGAUGUGGACGACUGUCAGGAUGUUGCUGCAGAUUGUGAAGUGAAAUGCAUGCCAACCUUCCAGUUUUUUAAAAAGGGUAAAAAGGUGGGUGAAUUUUCUGGAGCUAAUAAGGAAAAGCUUGAAGCCACCAUUAAUGAAUUUGUCUAAUUGUGUUUUCUGGAAAAACAUAACCAGCUGUCAACUGUUUAAAACUUGUAAUUUUUUUUAAUUUACAAAAGUAUGAAGUGUGGAGACUCUAUCUCCAAUUGCCAUCUGAUUAUAAAUGACAAUAAAAUAUUAAUUCUACCCUUU